ACACACACAUCAGUUUCUGCUGUUUCUAAUCUUUCUUUGCUUGUGUUUGUGUCUUUUUUAUCUGUAUUAAAUAAAGUAAGUAGUUUAGAUGGCUUAUGUAAGUCAGAGGAGGUUCUUCAUUACAAGGUCCAACCCUCUUUGCAGCAUAAAUAUCUCCCAACUAGUUUGGAAGACACAUACAUAACACUAACUCCUGCGUUACUUUUUAUUUUCAAUCACUUCCUGAAGUACUUGGAACUCUUUUGACAUAUUUUCCUUUUGAAUCAUUUUGAAAUUUUUUUAUUAAGGAUCAACUGUUCCCAAAAUGACUUCUUCAUCUGAAUCGUGGCCUUUUUCUUACCUCUAUAACUGUUAUGAGGAUUUUCUUUUUUACAUAACUAAAGAUGUUUUGUUGGUGUUUGCUCUGACGUUCAUCACACUAAUGUGCUGGAAAAAAUAUUGGAAACAGAAACCAUCUGAAACACAGCUAAAGCCAACAUUAAAAAAGAAAUUGGAUACAUCAAGCACCUUGAAGGAGAAGAGUCCUGAAGUCAUCAUUGUUGGAGCAGGUGUACUUGGCUCUGCCUUUGCAACUGUCUUGGCCCGAGAUGGCAGGAGGGUGACAGUGAUUGAAAGGAGCAUGAGUGAGCCAGACACAUUUGCUGGUGAAGUGUUGCUGCCUGGUGGUUACAAGAUACUUAAACUACUGGGUUUAGAAAAUUCAUUAGAAGGAUGUGAAGCUUUGAAAUUUCAGGGUUUCCAAAUUCAUGACUUGGUGAACAAGAUAAAAAAUAACUUAUGUUUUCGACUGGAUGAAAACGAAGACAUUGAAGAUGGUAGAAGUUUUCGUCAUGGACGAUUUGUUAUGGGCCUUCGCAAAAUAGCUAUGGCUGAAUUUAAUGUAAAAUUUAUUGAAGGGACUGUAAUAAAUUUGGUAGAGGAUGAUGGCUGCAUUAUUGGAGUCCAGUACAAAGACAAGAAGUCAGAAAAUGUGAAGGAACUGUAUGCACCUCUCACAGUUGUUGCAGAUGGAUUGUUUUCCAACAUGAGGAGGCAUCUUAUUUCUCAAAAACCUAAUGUAACAUCCCACUUUGCUGGUGUUACUAUGAAGACUCCUCAAGAGUUACACUCAACGACAGCAAACAUGAUUAUCAGUGAAUCUUCUGUGUUUUCAAUCUAUACAAUCUCAUCCAGUGAAAGCAGAGUGCUGAUAAACAUUGCUGGUGAAGUGCCAAGGAACCUUAACGAUUAUCUGAUGCAGAGUGUGUAUCCUGCAAUGCCUGAUCAUCACAAAGAGUCAUUCUGUGAAGCUGUACAAAAUAUUAAUUUUAAAGUAUUGCCUGCAGAUUACUUACCUGCUGCGACAUUGAAUAAGUCAGGAGUUAUUUUACUGGGAGACGCUUACAACAUCAGGCAUCCACUUACUGGUGGAGGGAUGAGCAUAAUACUGAGUGAUAUAGCAAUAUGGAGAAACUUACUUCAGAAUAUUCCGUGUUUAGAUAACUAUGAAGCGAUACUUCAGGCUAAAAAGAAAUUUUACUGGUUAAGGAAGAUGAACUGCACAUUUGUGAUGAACAUCAGUGCUGAACUUACAUACCAGAUGUUUUCUGCUACAGACAGUACUACUGUUUUUGUCCGGAAGGCAUGUUUUGAGUAUUGCAACUUUGGAGAGAAAUAUUCACAGAAGAGUGCCCAAAUGUAUGGCAUGCUGACACCCAAACCAUCUUCCUUAAUCUGCUUUCUUGGAGGUGUUCUAAUACAUGCAAUGCGUCUUGCUUUGAAGUCUGAGCCAUGGUAUAGGAAGCAUCAUGCAGUUUGUACAAUCGGGACAAUCUUGUGUAAAAUGCUGUCAUUCCUAAUUCCACUAGCUUAUUCUGAAAUGUGCCAGUAAUAUAUAAAUAGUAAAAAAAAUCAUACAUUGUAGUUCUACAUAAAUUCCUCUGCAUAAUAUGUCCUUCUGUUUUCAGUUGUAUGGUGGAAUAUACACACACAGCUACAGACUACAAAGUGCCUCACUAAUCCCCUUUCUGCAAUUGCAUCAUGAACAGUUUUAGCAUAUUCAUGGCAAAUGUGUCUUAAUAUAUAGAAGUUACUCAGGUAAUGUAGUAAUGGAAUGAGUUAAAGUCUGUCCAGUUUGUUAUGCACACACACAAAACACACACUCGUGUACAUGGAAGUACACACACACACACACACACACACACACACACACACACACACACACACACACACACACACACACUCCUGUGGUUCUCUUCUCCUACAGUGUUCCUUGUCACUUCUGAAUAAGCAUUUACAAAUCAAAAAGAAGGGAAUAAUGUAGUACUCUUUCUGGCUAGCUAUGCCAUGGUGACUGAUAAUAACUGGCUAUUUAUGAGAUGGGAAGUACCAGGCUAAACUGAAGUGGCUGCGAUGUGGCAUAACUGGGACAUAAGAGGAUGUAGCUGGAGAGUUGAAGCAUUCCACGAAGCAGUACUUUGCUGCUUAGUUAAUUCUUAUUACAAACAAUUAGCACUAUUUAGUGAUUUUUAUUUAUUUGUGUUUACUUGUCCAGUUUCCUUGAGUGGGUAGAAGCCAUUUUCAUUGGAGACCAGGGAGAGACAUUUCCAUUUAAAUAUAUAUAUAUCAUACAUACUCACCAAAUGAAAUGUACAUGUAUGAACAUAAUCAGAAGUGAACCGAAUGUGGAGUAGAAAAAUGUGGAACAGGCGUUAGCGUAAUUUAUGUAAGCAAUCAGUUUAACAAAAAGUAGUUCAUAAGGGUAUAUAGAUACUUAUCUACUAGCAUUAUUUACAAAAGGUGCAUACAUUUUGAAGAAUGGUAUAUGCAAACAAGACAAUAGCAAAGCAUGUAUUUACACAUUAUUAUUUACAAAUACCUGCAGGUGCCAAGGAGAAGAUGGCCUUGGUAAAAGAGAAUAAGGAAAAGAUUUGAAAAAUAAAAUAAAAUUGUGGUAGCUAUACAAGGGCAUAUAGCACAAGAAGUAUAUAGCAGUGGAGUAAUAUGGGAUGAGUAGGGGUAUGAUGCUGAACAGUAUAGUACAAAAUAGAGGUAUAGGCAGCUAAAAGUAAAGCUACAGAAAUCUGAUACAGGAUAUAGAGCUGCUUAGUAGGAUGAAAAGGAUCUGAGAUACUUGGUGGGGGGAGUGGAGAAGAAGUAUAUGAAUGACAUGGUGAUGGAGUUGAGGUACAAUAAGCAAGUGUUUUUAAUAUAAGAUAAAUAGGUAGGUAUAGGGAAAGGUGGGGAGGUGGAAGGGUAUAUGUGAAAUAGGUGCAUGGUGUAAGAAAGAGGGCUAAUAUCUAGAGGUGAGAGGAGGGAUAAGGGGGGUUGACUGAAAAAUAAAUCAAUGAUAGAGGAGUAUAAAAACAAAAAAAAAGAUUUCUUGUCUGGGAACAAAAUGAAGUAGGAAAAAUUGUGCGGACUGAAUGAUUAAGUAAUGCCUUUCAUACAACUACAUGAUCAUCUAUAAUGUGAGAUGUUUUUGUCACUGAUUUGAAUAAAAUUAUCACUGAAA